AUGCCAAAACCCGACCCGGCAACACGGGCAUGGAAGGAAAGAUUAACCGCACCAGCAAUUAAACAUUUGCUGGCUGGUGGUGUUGCUGGUGCGGUAAGUAGAACAGUAGUCAGUCCUCUGGAAAGGAUGAAGAUCUUAUUUCAGGUACAAGGACCUCAACCAGCGUCAUAUCAAGGAAUAUUCCCAACACUAGCGAAAAUGUGGCGAGAAGAAGGAAUGGUUGGGCUUUUGCGGGGUAACGGGACAAACGUGAUACGUAUUGUGCCAUACAGUGCGACACAAUUCGCCGCAUAUGAAAAAUAUAAACGCUUACUUUUGGAAGAAGGAAAGGAAGAACUGGACGCGAAACGUCGCUUAACAGCUGGCGCAUUGGCUGGUGUCACUUCUGUGUCGUGUACGUAUCCGCUUGAUAUUGUGAGGACAAGAUUAUCGGUUCAGUCGGCUAGCAUCGGUAGUUCCGGGACUCCGAAAAAACUACCUGGUAUAUUUCUAACGAUGAAACUCAUCUAUAAAACUGAAGGCGGGAUUUAUGCAUUAUAUCGUGGAUUAUCACCUACUCUGAUGGGAGUUGCCCCGUACGUUGCACUAAAUUUCCAUUCAUACGAAGUGCUACGGAAAUUUUUUACACCAGAGAACAAAAGUUCACCCUCAGUAUCCCAUAAGCUGUUAUGUGGUGCACUAGCCGGAACUUUUGCACAAACGAUCACGUAUCCACUAGACGUAUUGCGUCGACGUAUGCAAGUUACUGGGAUGAAGGCCGUCGGAUAUCACUAUAAAAGCACAUGGGAUGCACUUACACAGGUCAUCAAUCAGGAAGGAAUACGGGGACUAUAUAAAGGAAUGAUACCAAAUUAUCUAAAAGUGGCACCGGCAAUCAGCGUCAGUUUCGUAACGUACGAGGCAUGUAAAGAUUUCUUGGGGGUCUCGUAA